AUGUACGCCGUCUCGUCAACUGCGCGCGCCGCGCGGCAGCAGCUGCGGACAAGGGCCACUCAGGCCUGUCUGUCAUCCAGCUGCAGUGUUCCCUCCGUGCCGCUGUCGGUGCUUGACCCCGAGGGCAGUCCCACGAUUGACGAGACGUACGCAAAGAUGGAGAAGAACCUCCACACGGUGCGCCAGACCAUGAGCAACAAGCCGCUGACGCUCGCCGAGAAGAUCAUUUACGGCCACUUGGACGACGCGACCGUGAAGGCCACGCGCGGUGAGACGUACUUGAAGCUCCGCCCUGACCGCGUGGCCAUGCAAGACGCAACGGCGCAGAUGGCCGUGCUGCAGUUUAUCUCGUCGGGUCUGCCCAAGACAGCAGUGCCAACGACGAUCCACUGUGAUCACUUGAUCACGGCCGAAAAGGGCUCGGACACGGAUUUGAGCAAUGCCAAAAUCAUCAACAAGGAGGUCUAUGACUUUUUGUCGUCAGCUGGUGCCAAGUUCGGCAUGGGCUUUUGGAAACCUGGCAGUGGUAUCAUUCACCAGAUUGUCCUUGAGAACUACGCGUUCCCUGGCGGUCUGAUGAUUGGCACGGACUCGCACACCCCUAAUGCUGGUGGUCUGGGUAUGUGCGCUGUCGGCGUCGGCGGUGCCGACGCGGUCGAUGUGAUGGCUGGAAUGCCCUGGGAGCUCAAGGCGCCCAAGGUCAUUGGUGUAAAUCUCACUGGUAAGCUCUCGGGCUGGACGUCACCAAAGGACGUGAUCCUCAAGGUGGCUCACAUGCUGACUGUCAAGGGCGGAACCGGUGCCAUUGUAGAGUACUUCGGCCCUGGCGUAGAGUCCAUCUCAUGCACGGGUAUGGGCACGAUCUGUAACAUGGGUGCCGAGAUUGGUGCCACGUGCUCGACGUUCCCGUACACUGACCGUAUGGGCGACUAUCUACGCUCUACGAAACGUAGUGGCAUUGCUUCGGCUGCCGAGUCGUUCAAGUCCAAUCUCCGGGCUGAUGAGGGUGCUCACUACGACCAUAUUCUUGAGAUUAACCUCGACGAGCUGAAGCCAAUGGUGAAUGGUCCGUUCACGCCCGACCUUGGUCACGUUGCUGGUGCUGACAUGAAGGAGGCUAGUAAGAAGAACGACUGGCCCACGGAGCUGAGCGCUGGUCUGAUCGGGUCGUGCACGAACUCGAGCUACGAAGACAUGACACGUUGCGCUGACUUGACGAAGCAGGCGAAGGAGGCGGGACUGAAGUUCAAGAUACCAUACUACGUAACGCCUGGCUCGGAGCAAGUGCGCGCCACCAUUGCCCGCGACGGCAUCCUCGACACGUUCCUUGAAUCGGGUGCUACUGUCCUUGCCAACGCUUGUGGCCCCUGCAUCGGCCAGUGGAACCGUACUGACGUGGCUAUGGGUGAGAAGAACUCGAUAUUCACAUCGUACAACCGUAACUUUGCCAAGCGCGCGGAUGGCAACCCGGCGACGCACAGCUUUGUAACAUCUCCCGAGUUGGUGACAGUUAGCUCCAUUGCGGGUAUCACCACAUUUGACCCUGCAAACGACACGAUCAAGACCCCGGACGGCAAGGACUUUAAGUUUUCUGCUCCGUUUGGCAAGGAGCUCCCGCCGCUUGGCUUUGACCCCGGUGAGGAAACGUUCCUAGCUCCACCUGCUAGCGGUAAGGGUUUGACGGUGAACGUCGAUCCGAAGAGCGAGCGUCUGGCCCUGCUGUCUGCGUUCGAUGAGUGGAGUGGUGAGGACUUGGUGGAUAUGCCGGUGUUGAUCAAGGCAAAGGGCAAGUGCACCACCGACCACAUCAGCAUGGCCGGUCCGUGGCUGAAGUACCGUGGCCACCUGGACAAUAUUUCGAACAACAUGCUGAUCGGUGCUGUGAAUGCUGAGACCGGCGAGACGAACAAUGUAAAGAACCAGCUCACGGGCAAGUUUGACAAGGUGCCUGCCGUAGCCCGCCAGUAUAAGGCCAGUGGCUGCAGAUGGGUUGUGAUUGGUGACGAGAACUACGGUGAGGGUAGCUCGCGCGAGCACGCCGCUCUGGAACCACGUCACCUGGGUGGCUCUGCUGUGAUUGUGAAGUCGUUUGCGCGCAUUCACGAGACCAACCUGAAGAAGCAGGGUAUGCUGCCGCUGACGUUUGCGAACCCGGCGGACUAUGACAAGAUCACGGGCAACGACAAGGUGGCUAUCCUGGGCCUGAAGACUUUUUCGCCGGGCAAGCCGCUGACGCUGCGCGUGACCCCUGCCUCUGGUGAGGCUCCGUUUGACAUCACGGUCAACCACACGUUCAACGAGGAGCAGAUUGAGUGGUUUAAGCACGGCAGCGCGCUGAACGUGAUGAAGAAGAACAAUGCUUAA